AUGAAUGCAGGAGUGAUGAUACCGGCCCCAAUCCGCGCCAGAAGGAAUCCAAAAUGGCCAAAAGAAUGGGAAAAAGAUUGGGAGAUGUGUGAAGCUUCUGCUUCAUCCAUGCUGAGAAUACAGAGUGUUCCCAUCAUGUAUCCUAAUGCCAAGAUCAUGAAGGGAAUAGUUGAAGAAGAUGGGUUCAAAGAAACCAGCAGUGACCCAUUGAAGCUAAGUGUGAAUUUUGAUAUAGAAGAACAGUCAUCCAAUUCAUCAAAGUUUCAGGAGAUGGGCAGCUGCUUAGCAUGUGGAAAUUGUCUUGCUGGUUGUCCUUAUAAUGCCAAGAAUUCUACAGACAAAAAUUAUUUGGUUUCUUCAGUCCAGGCAGGAUGUACCAUCAAAACACAAUGCCAAGUUCAGUAUGUGGUACAGAACCCAGAUUACAUUUGUGAAAAGGAAGACAAAGUUAGCAGGAAAAAAAGGCGGCGCUGGCAUAUAUACCUCAAUGAGAUUGACUAUGUUGCAUCUGAUUUUGUUAUCCUCUCAAGUGGAGUGUUUGGCACGACUGAGAUACUAUUCCAGUCUCAAAUGAGAGGACAGAAACUUUCUGAGAGACUUGGAUCAGAUUUUAGUUGUAAUGGUAACACUGUCGCUUAUCUUGCUGGUAGCCCUGCACCAUUGGGUGCUUAUGCUUUGGACAAAAAGCAAUUCACAAAGAUACCUUUUCAGGAAAGGCCAAGCCCAUCCAUUUCUUCAUCAUACACCUCUUCGUUGGGAUUCACAAUUCAGGUUGAAGUUUUAUACACGCUAAAACAUGUGUUAGGAAUGAAAUAUAGCAAUGCAAUGGUUUUCAAUGCAAUGGGAUAUGAUGAGAGUGAUGGAAAAAUAACAUUUGACAAUGACACUAACAGAAUCUGCUUUCAGCCACCCCUUGAUCAUUUACUACCAAGGAAAAUUGGGGUGUUUCAAAAACUUACAAAGAAAUUGGGAGGAAUAUUGUUCAUGUCAAGGUAUCGGAACGCAUCAGUUCAUCUUUUAGGGGGUUGCAAUGCAUCAUCAGACCCUUCACAAGGAGUUUGUAACCCCAAUGGUCAAGUAUUUGACACAAAGUCUCAUAACUUAGUGCACCCCGGCCUCUAUGUUUGUGAUGCCUCCUUAAUACCUUGCUCUCUCGGCAUAAAUCCAUGUCUAAGUAUUGCCACAGUGGCUGAGCAUUUAAGUAGGAACCUUGUGUCAGAUGUUCUCAAGCACAAAAGCGACAAAGGUAUGGUUUUGGUAAAUAACUUGGGUGAUCCAAAGCCAGGCUCAAUUACUAGUGUGAAGCUAGAUAGCGAUCGAAAAUCAAUGGUUGUCAUUAAAGAAACCAUGAGAGGCUAUGUGGGCGGUAUGCCAUGUGUAGCUUAUCUCAAGAUGAAAAUGAACUCUAGAACUUGGAAGUAA